UGAACGGUGUGUCUUCUAUUUUAUCCUGGGAUGGUGAUUUAAGAUUCCCCCCGCAAGCAGUGAGGAAUAUUGGACAAUGGGCUGGACUUUCGGGAUUAAAAUCAGCUGAAGUUAUGAAUUCUGUUGAUAGAUACAUGUAUCAAAUACGAGCCUACCGGACUACAGGGGAGUCUCUAUCUCCUGAGUUAAUGGAGAUUAUCUGUGGACUUUUACUCGGAGACCUUCAUGCGGAACGGCGUAGCCCUAAUGGAAACACACGACUUAGAUUUGCUCAAGAUAAAUCCUGUGUAUUCCGUGCUAAGGAUGCACAACUAAGUAAGAGCUUGGACGUGGCUCUGGAUGAACGGUAUCUAGUGGCGUCACACAUGCGAGUCCAAUGA